GUGUCACGUCCGAAGACUGUUUGCGAUGCAUCAGGAGCAUCGGAUUCGACGAUCCUACUCGGUGCUACCUAUAAAUACGUUUGCCACUAGAAAUUGAACGGUCAGUUUCUUCUUUGACUUUCGUUCAAUCGUCGGAUUACCUGAACUAAAUCACUAUGGCUAAGGAAAUAAUCAUCGUACUGGCGCUCAGCGUGAUAGCUCUUUGCAACGGAGGCGUCAUUCAUCCUCUGCCAGCGGUGGCGAAAGUCGCACCCUUGGAUCCAGGAUUGAAUUACGACCCCCAUCCGCAGUAUACUUACGCUUACGACGUGCAGGAUAAUCUAACCGGGGACUCGAAGACUCAACACGAGACCAGGAACGGCGACAUCGUUAGCGGUAGCUACAGUUUCAUCGAGGCCGACGGCACCAGAAGAACCGUGGAGUACACGGCGGAUCCCGUUAAUGGAUUUAACGCAGUGGUUCAUAGAGAGCCGGUGGCAGUCAUUAAGCCCGUGAAAGUCGCCCCUGUGGCUUUCCCUUGAUGAUAAAAAUAAACUGUGGACUUGAUGCAUAAAAUUAUUCAGCGUUUAAAUGAUGUCUAACUAGUCAUGUAACCAUCAUAUUGUAUAUAAAGCAAUCAUUCUAUUAUACGCACUGAUACGUUUUUAUUAAAGUAUUUUAUAAAAUAUAUUAUUGUUACUAUUCUCUUCCUCAACCUCUAACUUUAAGUACAAUGUUCUAAUGAUGAAUUGAUUUAAAAUUUCAACGUGCAUUCA